CGUCCCCCGCUGCCCGGCGUGGUGCGCUCGGGGGCGGCCCCGCGCGCGGGGCGGGGAGGCAAGGCGCACUGGGCGGCGGCGCAGUCUGCACCAUGGCGUACCCGGGGCAUCCUGGUGCCGGCGGCGGGUACUACCCAGGUGGGUAUGGAGGGGCUCCUGGAGGGCCUACGUUUCCAGGACAAACUCAGGACCCACUGUAUGGUUACUUCGCUGCCGUUGCUGGACAGGAUGGGCAAAUAGAUGCUGAUGAAUUGCAGAGAUGUCUGACACAAUCGGGCAUUGCUGGAGGAUAUAAACCUUUUAACCUGGAGACCUGUCGGCUUAUGGUUUCAAUGCUGGAUAGAGACAGGUCUGGCACAAUGGGGUUCAAUGAGUUUAAAGAACUCUGGUCUGUACUGAAUGGCUGGAGACAACACUUCAUCAGUUUUGACAGUGAUCGGAGUGGAACUGUGGAUCCUCAAGAACUGCAGAAGGCGCUGACAACCAUGGGAUUUAGGUUGAAUCCCCAAACUGUGAAUUCAAUUGCAAAACGAUACAGCACCAGUGGAAAGAUCACCUUCGAUGACUAUAUUGCCUGCUGUGUCAAGCUGAGAGCACUCACAGAUAACUUUCGAAGACGGGACACUGGUCAGCAAGGCAUGGUGAAUUUCUCAUAUGAUGAUUUCAUUCAGUGUGUCAUGACCGUUUGAGAGGAAGCUGCUGGAAGUCAAUCAACAUUCCACCUGGAGUUCGCAUUUGCUUACUCUUUGCCUUCAGUACCGUGUGUAGCUUACAUGGCUACUUCCCCCGACAGCUCUUGUAAAGGUCUAUUACGUUACACACAACUGAAGUUUUGGUUUUAGUUUUGAUAAUAAAUUCUUUGGAACUUAGUAAGAUCAAGUGUGUUAUACCACCUAGAACUUCCUUGAGCCAGUAUCAGUCAUAUCUUAUUUUCCUACUAAGCCUCUUUUAUUAUAAAUUUGAGUAUGCAAAA